ACUAUUUAAUGCUGGACAGCAAAAGACUCCAAAUCACUCAUGUCCCGCUUCGCAGCGACCACUUUGCGCUGUGCGCUGUAUCACUUCGAGACUGCUUGGCUUUUCACGAGAUCUGACUUCAAGACAAUAAUUUUCCCCGUGAUGAUAUUUGCAACUGUCGUAUCUCCUCGCCACAACCCGCUAUCCCUAUCUUACGCUCUCUGCUGGCUCUGGUUCCAUCUCUUUCAAUUCAAUGUGUCUAACCAAUCCUACUCUGCUCAUGAAGAUGUCUUGAACAAACCAUGGCGUCCUGUGGCGUCCGGGCGCAUUAGCGUGAAAGAUUCUCGUACAUUGCGCUGGGGACUCAUGUUUUUCUGCUUGGGCCUUUCAUCCCUUUUCAGCUUAAACGUCGUUAUAACCAGUGGAGUUUCCACUGUGCUCCUGGUCAUGUAUGACGAUUUUCAUCUCAGUUACCAUCCAAUUUUCAAGAAUUUGUGCAAUGCAGGAGGUUAUGUAACAUAUGAACUCGGUUGUUUGUUGAUUCUUUCAAGGGAAUCUUCACUCGACGGAACGAGCAUAAAAGCACUUUCCUGCAGCGCGCUUGUCAUAAUUCUGACAGUCCAUGCGCAGGAUUUUGCCGACGUCAAUGGUGAUUGCAGGGCAGGACGACGAACUCUCCCGAUUAUAACGCCCGAAGGAUCUCGUAUCUACAUGCUUUGUGCACUUCCGCUCUUUUCUUUCGCGCUUGCAUCAUUUUGGAGUUUUGGGCCUCUUUCCACUGUUCUUUUUGUUUCUAUGGGUUCUUGGGUCGGAAUUCGCUACUUUCUCUUCCGCGACGAGAUUUGUGACCAGUCAACCUACCGCCUGUAUAACAUAUGGCUCGUAGGCGUUCAUCUUUUGCCAGCUAAUGUGCGCUUUCGUGCGUUGGUGUGGUAGCACCUCAUUGUGUCGUUACCAUGGUUGGGGAAGCAUUCUAGAUGACUUCCCUCACAAAACUGUCAUUUGACUCGAAGAAAACAUCGGUGAUAGGUCACUUUCCAAGGGCAUGGCAUGGGUGCUACUAGUAUAAUAUUUGUGGACUCGAUUUAGGCAUCCGUUUUACAUGCAUCACAACUUUCAAUCUGCU